AUAAUGAAACGAGAGAGCAAAUAUUGUUUGGUUACUAACGAUCUCAUUACUUAUGGUGGCUGUACUGCAAAUCGUGUUUAUUACUAACUUCAGUUGUAGGUGGAACUAGUAUAUCUCUUAGUUAUAUUUACGUACCCAAAUUGCACAACUUUCUUUUCAAUCAGUAGUAAACUAUUUAUUUCAUAUAUAACAAUGUCAAAAAUGAUCGACAGAGACCGAUUUCCUAAUUAUCAAACUUAUAAAUUAGUAAUAGUCGGUGGUGGAGGUGUAGGAAAAUCUGCUAUAACUCUGCAGUUUAUCCAGAGUUAUUUUGUAACAGACUAUGAUCCUACUAUUGAAGAUUCUUAUACAAAGCAAUGUGUCAUAGAUGAUAUACCAGCCAAACUUGACAUUUUGGAUACUGCGGGUCAAGAGGAAUUUAGUGCAAUGAGGGAACAGUACAUGAGAUCGGGAGAGGGAUUUUUACUCGUAUUUUCAGUGACCGAAAGAUCUAGUUUUGAUGAAAUUUUCAAAUUUCAUAAGCAGAUAUUACGAGUUAAAGAUAGAGAUGAAUUUCCUAUGCUUAUGGUGGGCAAUAAGGUCGAUCUUGAACACCAAAGGGUUGUUUGGCAGGAAGAAGCCCAACAACUUGCUAGACAACUAAAAAUUCCUUAUAUCGAAUGUAGUGCGAAAAUGCGAAUGAAUGUCGAUAAUGCUUUUUACGAAUUAGUAAGAGUAGUUAGAAAAUUUCAGUUAUCAGAACGACCACCUUUAAAACCAAAUUACAUUAAGCGAAAUAAAAAGAAGUGUUGCCUCAUUUAAUUGCAUCACUAUAUUUAAUUUUGUCAUCACAUUUUAAAUUUGAUUUUAUACAAGGAUUACAAUUUUCAUCACAAUUUUAUAGGAGACAUAGGCAAAAAGUCAAAAAACAUACCAAAACAUGUUUGUUUUAGAAUAAGUGAUUUUAUUUUGUAGGUCAGUCAAAAUAUUUAUUUCUUUAUGAAAUAAAGUUUUUUGAAAUUUUGGCAGUAAAUUAUAGAAUGUAUAUAAACUACAAAAUACCAAUAUGCCUAUCAAUAUUGAUUGGCAAUAUAAGCAAUUACUCACUUAGUUUGUUAUCAUACAACUGAGUUAUUGUAAUUAUGGUUAGUUCCAAAUCAUAUUUUAUUUACUACUAUUUAAAGUUAUGAUUGUAUGUGAUAAUUGGAGAAAGAAUGAUUAAGAAAUACCAUGGGAGUAGAUUUCUCACAUAUUAUUCGGGAAUCAAAAUAGUUGUAGAUAAAAUAUUUUAUGUGCAUGAUAUAUUGUAUUACAUUGCCAAGUUUAUUGAUUGAUCUUGUAACUGCAAUACUGGAUGGUUUAAAUAAUACUACAUUUUCCUUAAUCAAAUCAAAUAUUUAUUAAAAAAUUCAUUUUUGGAAAUUAGUUAAAUCUUUUUAGCAAUCUGUUAUUUUUAAUGUCAGACGUAGUUUUCUUCUUUUUAAUGAAGUUGACAUUGAAUUAAUUGAAUUGAAUGCCGUGGUUUGAUAGCAAUAAAUUGGCUGCUUUACAUUUGAACUAAAAACUUAUGCAUAUUAUUUUUUUUUAAUAUGAAAACGAUAUCAAUAAUUAUUUAUCAGUACUGAUUACAUAUUUGUCCUAAAAUAGAAAUAUCAAACUGGUAAUAGAUAAACUUAUGAAGAAAUUAAGUCAUAGUCUAAGUCAUUGAUUCACUACAUAUAAAGGGCCGAUGGUCGAAAAUAUGUUUUUAAAAAAAUUUAUUAAACACAAAAUUACAAUAAUUUUAUAGAGUUGAAUGAACAAAGUUAAUUUCACAAGUGAAUUAGCUAUAAUUCCUUCAUUGAAUGAACUAAAUUCAUUAAAAAGUUAUUUACAACAUUCCUAUUUAUAAUAAAAUAAAUGCUGAUAUUUGAUCCUAUUGCAUUUUAUUUAAAGAAUCUUCUGGAAUUUUCUCCAUGUAACUAGUGAUUAGUAUUUUGAUUAAUAUAUUGAAAGUGCAUCAACUUUGUUUGAUAUUUUCAUUAUUUCUAUCUUUUGUAUGUUUAUCUGCAGUCCAUAUUGUUUCAUUUCAUUACUCCACUUCUGUAUUCUAUUUUGUAGCUCUUCUUUUGGGUUAGCGAAUAUUAGUAGGUCAUCCUCAUAUAUUAGUUCGUUAUUGUAGAUUGGUCUCAAUAUGUUGUACCCUAUGUGUCUUUCUUACCUUCUUUGUUCACUUCUUUAGCAAUUACAUCCAUGACUAUAAGAAAAUAGAACAGGCUUAGAACGCCUCCUUGUCUCACUCCUCUAUAAGCUACAAAACUAACUUGUCGUAUUCCCGCCAUCUCUCACAACAUUACAAGCCACAUACUGAUAAAAUAAUCAUUUAGUGCAAAUAAUAAAUUAGAUAUAAUGAGUUUACCGACAUAUAGAAUAUUUAUCGUGGUCUACAUAUGUGCAUGGUACUCUAAUGUUCAGAAACUAUAUAUAUAUAU